AUGGCGGAGGCCGACGGGGGGGCGCGGGCGUGGGGGAUGCUCGACUUCCGCGACCUCCCCCUCCCACUCGGGGUGCUCAAACGGCUCGCGAAGUUGAACUUCCACCAAAGCAAAGGGGGGGAGGAGGAGGGGGGGGAUCGGAUUCGCGCGCUUCCCUCCGGCGCGUCUCUCGCGCUUUCCGGGGUGGAUUUGCAACGGGGGGCGGUGUUCCGCAAGGCGGGGUUGCACGCCUGUCUGGGAAGCCUCACGACGCUGGAGCUCGCGCGAUGCGCGCUGGGCGAUGACGGCGUGAUGCAUCUCGCCGCGGCCUUGGAAAAAGCAGCAGUGGGAUCCCCUUUGCGGAUCCGCACACUCCUCCUCCGCGAGAACGACCUCGGGGACACGAAAAAUAAAACGGAGGGCGCGUUCUCGUGCCUGUGCAAAGUCCUCCGCGCCAGGGGCGCCCCGGACUUGGCGGUGUUGGAUCUUUCACGGAACCGCACCAUCCCUUUGCGGCCGAUGUGUGCGCUGAUCGAGCAGGUCUCCAGCACCCUCCGCGAGCUCGACCUCUCACACGUCUCUAUUACGGAGAGCACGCAGGAGCUGGCGACGCUGCUCACCGCGGUGAUGCGUCGGCAGCAGCAUCGCCGCUCCAGGACUGGUGGGGGGCAGCCGUCGUCGGAUGCCUGUUCAGCCUUCGAGUAUCUGGAUUUGAAGGCGGAGACUACCGCGGAGAAGCGGGCGAUGGUUCCGCGCGAGAUAUGGUCCUGGCUGCACACCCAAACUGCCGUUCGCCUCUUGCAAUAG